ACACUGAUAAAGUAAAUCCUUAGUUUUCACAGAAUUAGUAAUAAAAUUCUUAGAAAUAAAUCGAUGUAUAAAAUAGGGUUUGCAGACUUCAUCAUCCCAUAAAAUAGUUGAAAAAAAAGUUUUAUCACUCUUGAAAGACUUAACAAUAAGUAUGGAAAACCGUGGUAGAGGAAGAGGAAGGGGUAGAGGAAGGGGAAGAGGGACAGAACCAGGUUCCAACAAAGAAGAAAAGGUAAUUGGUCAACCUAUAAAACAAGAAGAUAAGGGAGUUAGUCAACCUAUAAAACAAGAAGAUAAGGGAGUUAGUUCACCUAUAAAACAAGAAGAAAAGGUAAUUAGUAAACCUAUAAAACAAGAAGAUACAGGAGUAAGUCAAUCUAACACACAAGGAGAUAAAAGGCUAGAAAAGCCUAUCAAACAAGAUGAAAUUUCAAUAAAUGGUCAUGCUAAUACACAAAAGGUUCCUGAUGCAAAAGUAGCCAGUCUGGCUGCUGAAUUAAAGAAAGAUUUAAAUCAAACAGUGCAAAAUCUAGAAGUACUUUCUGUAUCACCUUCUAAACAAAAACAACCUGAAGCAAAAACAGUUAGACCAUCAGCAGUAAAUGUAGGAUCAACAUCAUACUCUUCUGAAAUUAGAGGAAAAGAGUACAAAAUUCCAAAAAGGCCUGGUCUUGGAACUGCAGGCAAUGUCAUUAAACUUAAAGCAAACUUUUUUCCAAUUAAAGUUCCUGAUAUUACUAUUCAUCAAUACGAUGUUGCAAUAAAUGAAGAUAAACUUCCAAAAAAUUUAAAUCAGAGAGUUAUGAUUGAUUUAGUCAAGAGUAACCCAAAGCUUUUUAAAAGUUUACCAGUUUAUGAUGGAAAGAAAAACUUGUAUACUAAAGAUCCAUUCGAUUUUAGUGGCAAAAAAGAAUUUGAGGUGGUUUUUAUUGAGGAUGAUAGAACACGAAAGAUAAAGGUAGUACUUCAAUGGGCUGCUCAAAUAGAAUUACGAACAUUACAUGAAUCUUUGAAAGCAACUUCCAAGGACUUGAUUCCUAAAGAUGCAAUUCAGUGUUUAGAUGUAGUCAUGAGACAGGCAGCUUCAUUAAAGUAUGUUCCCCUGGGAUCAAAAUUUUUUUCUUCUGAUGGUUCAGUAAGGAUUGGAUGUGGAUUGGAAGUAUGGCAUGGCUACCACAUGAGUGUUCGACCAAGUCAAUGGAAAAUGUUAAUGAAUAUUGAUGUUUGUGCCACCGCUUUUUACCGCUCCAUGGAUGUUGUUGAAUACUUAUACGAGAUAACUGGUUACAACUGUAAUACUGAAAGGCAACCUCUUAAUGAUCACAAAAGAAGACAGUUUCAUAGAGAAAUUAAAGGUUUAAAAAUUGAAAUAACGUAUAUGGGAAUACAAAAAAGAAAGUACAAAGUGAAUGGAGUCACUGAGAAAUCUGUUACUGAACAAAUGUUUCCAAUUGAAGAAAAUGGUAAAAAAAGAAAUAUCAGUGUUGCCGAAUAUUUCAGGAAAGAAAAAAAAGUGGAAAUUAAAUUUCCUGCCCUUCCUUGCCUUCAUGUUGGAGAUGAAAAAAAAACUGUAUAUAUUCCAAUGGAAGUUUGCAAAGUUGUUCCUGGCCAACGUUGUCUUAAAAGGCUAAAUGAAAAUGCAACAGCAGAGAUGAUACAAAUUGCAGCUAAAAGACCUAACAAGCGACAAGCAACUAUAGAUAACAUUAUGAAAAAUGCGAAUUUUCCACAAGAUAAAUAUUUGAAUAGCUUUGGAAUUCAAAUAGCAAACUCAAUGGUGGAACUUAAUGGUCGUAUUUUGCCUACCCCCGGCAUAAAAUAUGGUGAAAAGGAUCAGCCUUUGUUUCCUGCUAAUGGUGCAUGGAAUAUGAAAGGGCGUCGUCUUUAUAAAGGUGCUAUAAUAAAAAAGUGGGGUCUUAUUGUUUAUGACAUCGGAAAACCUUUGCAGAAUGAAGUACUAAUAAAAUUCCAGACGGAACUUAUCAAAUCAGCAAAAGAAAUUGGAAUUCAAAUUGAUAAUCCAGUUUAUCAGGCUCGUGCCCCAGCAAAUGAGUUACCAGAAUCUGUUAUUAGUAAGGCAUUUAAGAAAGAUAAAGAUAUUGAGUUGCUGGUUUUCAUUUUGCCAGGAAAGACACCAUUUUAUGGGGAUAUAAAAAGACUGUGUGAAACAGAGAAUGGUUUUAAUGGUUUUAGUGAUCCAGGUGUACAAAACUUGAUCAAAAAUAAGGGUGUGUGUACCCAGUGCAUCCAAUCAAAGAACGUUUUAAAAUGCAACCCAAUGACUUUGGCACAAUUAUGUUUGAAAAUCAAUUCUAAAAUGGGUGGCACAAAUAAUGUUAUUGAUAUUAACAAUAAAAUUACAAGGCCAUUGAAUGUGUUUAAAGAACCGGUAAUUUUUCUUGGUGCAGAUGUUACACACCCAGGUCUAGGUGAUAAAUCAAGCCCUUCCAUUGCUGCUAUUGUUGGCAGCAUUGAUGAAGUUCCAAGUCGUUAUUCUGCUUGUGUUCGUAUCCAAGGGCAUCGAGUUGAAGUUAUAGAAGAUCUUGAAAAUGUUACAGUUGAACUUCUUAAACAGUUUUACAGACAUAUGAAAGUGAAACCAAGAAAGAUAAUUAUGUUUCGUGAUGGUGUUUCUGAAGGACAAUUUCAGCAGGUACUAUUUCAUGAGAUGUCUGCCAUCCAAAAGGCUUGCAUAAAAUUAGAAAAAGGUUAUGAACCUGGUAUUACUUUUGUUGUCGUCCAGAAAAGGCACAAAGCAAAAUUUUUUCCAGUCAACAAAAAUGAUGAAGAUCGUAGUGGAAAUGUUUCAGCUGGAACUACAAUUGAUACAGUUGUAUGUCAUCCGACAGAGUUUGAUUACUACCAAUACAGUCAUUCGGGAAUUCAGGGGACAUCACGCCCUGCACACUAUCAUGUGUUGUGGGAUGAUAAUAACUUUUCAGCUGAUGAGCUCCAGGCCCUUUCGUUUAUGCUGUGUCAUUUGUACGUUAGAUGCACUAGAUCUGUAUCUAUUCCUGCACCUGCUUACUAUGCUCAUCAUGUAGCUUUUCGAUCUCGGAGUCAUUUGCAAAAUGAAGAGGGAAGUAUUUCUUCAUCUGAAAGCGACACUGGCAAAAACUCUGUAGAAUUUGUGAAAGCAAAUUACAAAGAUGUUGUAAAACUGCAUCCGAAUAUGGAAACAAAAAUGUACUUUGUGUAGAUUAACACAUUACUCAAAAUUCGGUGUUUAUGCACCGAAAGGUAAAAACUAAGCGUAAUAAUUCUUUUACUUGAUGGGUUUGUUUUUAUUUUAUUAAAUUUUUGCAAAAUGUAUAUAUGGAAUUAGAUUUUAUAUUUUUAAAUGUGUUGUUUACAAAUGAUGUUUAAUUUAGACAUGGUUUAUGUGUAAAAAAAAAGUAAUAAACAAUGUUAAA